AUGAACCGAGAUAUUCCGGGUUUCUACUACGAUGCCGAGAAAAAGAAGUAUUUCCAGAUCCAGGCCAAUCAUGUCGCCUCACCAGGGGCACAGUACUCCAAGGAUUCUGUCAAGAGGAAGCGCAAUGACCAAGUGAAACACCACAAACGCGUUCAGCUGAACCAGCGAAUAGCGAAGGAGAAAGUCCGCAAGUCUCGCUUUCUAAACCAUCCACUAAUCAACAACGAGAGAGAAAUUGGCUCUCGUCUCCUCCCGCCUGCUCAUCAACAAGAAAAGCAAGCUCAUAUCUACGUUAGCCAAUUCCACCGGAAAACGUUGCACCGAUUCGAGCCUUGGCCAGAUUAUUCAAUCCGACAGGUUUUGCGAAACCCGCGAUCUGGGAUUCUAAUCGCAAGUGGUCAUCGCGGCGGUGAGUCCUCGGUAUCGGUCUGCUUCCCAGAUUUUGAGGAAGAACGAUGGACAUACAAUCGCACGAUGGAACGAGUACUCCUAAAGGAGGCAUAUCGACUAUCGUCGAUCUCAUUAAGCCAUACGGGCUAUCUUUUGGCCACGAUGGAUAGCGGCCCGGAAGGCGACUCAUUUCUCUCUCCGCGAAUGCUCCCUGGGCCAGACGACCAAGGAGAUUAUCAAUGGCCCUCUUUUUUUUCUCAUCCCAUCCGCAUCCGAACAACUCCCUCAUUAUGGUGCUCCGCCGCCUGCCCAAUCGGAGAUAAAGCCCUCUUCGCCAUCGGGACAUCAAACGGCCUGCAUACACUCGAAGGCUUCGGUAGCCAUUGGACAGUUUCACAAAAGCCAUUUCCCAAUGAUAGCCAUUCCCGAAAACAUGGUGACCAACAAGGAUUCCGCGAACACGGCAACUCAUCCCAUGCCAGCGUCAGCUCAGUAGAGUGGCUCAAUCCAGAUGUUAUCGCAUCUGGAAUGCGCAACUCCACCAUAUUUCUACAUGAUCUCCGUAGCGGAGGUAGCGCAGCGCGAUUGCAGUACCCGCACUCGGUUACAAAAAUCCGCAAGGUCGAUCCGUACCGAAUCUUGGCCUCGGGGUACAACUCACUUCAAAUGUUUGAUAUCCGAUUUGCACCGAAUGGUCUUCAACGCAAGCCAAAGCCGACUUCACCCUCGCACACCUCCACACGCCCAUACAUAACAUUCCCAGACUACUCCCCCGAGAUAAUCUCCGACUUCGAUGUGAGCCCCGAAUUGGGUCUUCUAGCUAGUGCCUCGGACGAGCGAAAAGUCCAGCUUUUCUCGCUUCAAACUGGCGAGCUGGUCCCAUCGCCAAUAUCCCAGUACCAAUACCCCUACCCCAUCAAUUGUGUGUCCUUCGAGAGUAGCGAGGGCGAUGUUGGUAUGGGUGGACCUCAAACCCCCAGUUUGUUGGUAUCUUCGAAGGCGACGGUCGAUCAGUGGGCUUGGUGA